GAAAAACACACAACAGAUGAAUGAGCAAGAUAAAAUCCCACCAGACCUAACAAAUUAAGAGGAAAUAGGCAGUCUACCUGAAAAAGAAUUCAGAAUAAUGAUAGUAAAGAUGAUCCAAAAUCUUGGAAAUAGAAUAGACAAAAUGCAAAAAACAUUUAACAAGGACCUAGAAGAACUAAAGAUGAAACAAACAACGAUGAACAACACAAUAAAUGAGAUAUAUAAAAUGCCAGAUGUUUAAAAAUGGUUAAUAUUCCCUCAAAAAGGAAAACAUUGUUCUAAAAGGUCAUUUAGGUGUUAUUCCUGGGAGAUUUUAUGGCUGUUCUUCACCUGUUUAACAUUAUUAUCGAUAGUUCUUUUCAGAUUAUGAAUAAAUGGUUUGUGCUCUGUUUAUUCAUGUUAACAUUUACAUUGUAAAAUAUGCUUCUUACAGGAAUAUAAAUAGUUGCUGGAAAGAACACUGACAGCUUGAAAGCAAAAUGAAGCUCUUUCUAUUGCUUUCAGCCAUUGGAUUCUGCUGGGCUCAGUAUGCCCCAAAUACCGAAUCUGGACGGACAUCUAUUGUCCAUCUGUUUGAGUGGCGCUGGGUUGAUAUUGCUCUUGAAUGUGAGCGAUACUUAGCUCCCAAAGGAUUUGGAGGGGUUCAGGUUUCCUCACCCAAUGAAAAUGCGGUAAUUAAUAAUCCUUCAAGACCUUGGUGGGAAAGGUACCAACCAGUUAGCUACAAGUUAUGUACAAGAUCAGGAAAUGAGAAUGAAUUCAAAGACAUGGUGACUAGAUGUAACAACGUUGGUGUCCGUAUUUAUGUGGAUGCUAUAAUUAAUCAUAUGUGUGGAAAUGGUGUGGCUGCAGGAACGAGCAGUACUUGUGGGAGUUACUUCAACCCUGGAACUGAGGAUUUUCCAGCAGUCCCGUACUCUGGUUGGGAUUUUAAUGAUGGUAAAUGUAAAACUAGAAGUGGAGAAAUUGAGAGCUAUAAUGAUGCUUCUCAGGUCCGAGAUUGUCGUCUGGUUGGUCUUCUUGAUCUUGCACUGGAGAAAGAUUAUGUGCGCUCCACAAUUGCUGAAUAUCUGAACCGUCUCAUUGACAUUGGUGUAGCAGGGUUCAGAAUUGAUGCCGCUAAGCACAUGUGGCCUGGAGACAUGAAGGCAAUUUUGGAUAAACUGCAUAAUCUAAACAAAAGAUGGUUCCCUGCAGGAAGUAAACCUUUCAUUUACCAGGAGGUAAUUGAUCUGGGUGGUGAGCCAAUUAAAAGCAGUGAGUACUUUGGAAAUGGCCGUGUGACAGAAUUUAAAUAUGGUGCAAAACUAGGCACAGUUCUGCGCAAGUGGAAUGGAGAGAAGAUGUCUUACUUAAAGAACUGGGGAGAAGGCUGGGGUUUCAUGCCUUCUGACAGAGCACUUGUCUUUGUUGAUAACCAUGACAAUCAGCGAGGGAGUGGAGCUGGGGGAGCAUCUAUUCUUACAUUCUGGGACCCUAGACUGUACAAAAUGGGAGUUGGAUUUAUGCUCGCUCAUCCCUAUGGAUUUACACGAGUAAUGUCAAGCUACCGUUGGCCAAGACAUUUUGAAAACGGAAAAGAUGUUAAUAAUUGGAUUGGGCCACCAAAUAAUAAUGGAGUCAUUAAAGAAGUUACUAUUAAUCCAGAUACUACUUGUGGCAAUGACUGGGUCUGUGAACAUCGAUGGCGUCAAAUAAGGAACAUGGUUGUGUUCCGCAAUGUAGUUGAUGGCCAACCUUUUACAAACUGGUGGGAUAAUGGUAGCAACCAAGUAGCUUUUGGAAGAGGAAACAGAGGAUUCAUUGUCUUUAACAAUGAUGACUGGGCAUUAUCUUCAACUUUGCAAACUGGUCUUCCUGCUGGUACAUAUUGUGAUGUCAUUUCUGGAGAUAAAAUUGUACGUGGGCCUCUCACUGUUGUGGCCUCUCCCGUUGCGGAGCACAGGCUCCGGACGCGCAGGCUCAGCAGCCAUGGCUCACGGGCCCAGCCACUCCGCGGCAUGUGGGAUCUUCCCGGACUGGGGCACGAACCCGUGUCCCCUGCAUCGGCAGGCGGACUCUCAACCACUGCGCCAUCAGGGAAGCUCCUGAAUAUUCUUAUUAUUAGUUACUUGGAAGUAAGAAGAAGAAAGAGGAAAAAGAGAAGAAAAUAAGACUAAACAAAAACACAAGUCCCUCCAGUUAGAGAUUCCUACAUUAAUGUCACUUUAUCAGAGAGCCCCUUCCUUGACUACUCCUCCCUCUUUACCCCCAGUACGCAGACAUGGCAGAUACAGACUUGCGUGUUAUGUCU